UAAGAUCGGGGCUUGCUGGCACGGGGACCGGUGCUCCCGGCUUCACAACAAACCGAUGUCCCGUCAGGAAGUGUUCACAGAACUACAGGAGAAGUAUGGGGCAUUGAAGAGAUGAAUGUGUGCAACAACUUGGGGGCCAGAUCUUGGGCAAUGCUGUCCCCUCCUUAGAGCCCAGAAGUGGAGACAUUCAGUGCCUGACGGCCACCCCUGAAAUCUCACAGCUUGAGGUCCAUCAUUAAAUCCAGACCAGCCUCAAAGCUGCUGACUAAGCCCCUGAAGAUCUCCAUUUCCUUUGCUGACCCCGACCCACUUUUCUCUCAAUUCUUGAGGAAAGAGGAUGCAGAGAGGGCAGUGGCUGAACUUGAUAUCCGCCAAUUCAACAGGCAGGCUGUGGAUGCUGAGCUGUUUCCUGCCACUGACUUCUGGGAGUCAUGUAUGACAGUGCAAGGGUAGAAAGAGUAUGUGGUGGGAGUCUGUCAGUGACAGUGGCCUCCUUCAUCUGUCCUCUACUAAGGGGAUAUACUCAAGCUGGCUACUGAAACUUCAUGCAUCGUCAACCCACAUCCUGGAACCUCCAGCUCUGUGGUCGGGGACCCAGGUCCAGGGAUGAGAAAAGGAAAGACUACUACUUCUGCCACCUGGGUUUCCCGGAAUGUACGGCAGAGGUGCUGCGGUCGGAAGUCCUGCACUCGCGGCCACAGGCCCGGAUGGGGCUCAGACACCUCCUGCAGAUCAUGCUGCUUCUGGCCCUAGCAGUGCCUCGAUCGAAAGCCUCCGGGCACUGCAGCCCCCUCCAGUACUGGAACCCAGAUAGCAAGCGCUGCAGCAGCUGCCUGCAGCGCUUCGGGCCGCCUCCUUACCCGGAUCACGAGUUUGAGGAAAACUGCGGCCUCAGUGACUUCGGGGAUCAUUUGACGCACCCGUUCAAAAAAUGUUCUCCUGGGCAUUGCAACCCCGACUUUGCAGAGCUGUGUAGCCCCUGCACCGUAGAAGCCCCGGUCCCUAUUCGCACUGGGAGCCCUGGCAGGACCCAGCAGUGCUGCGGAGAGGAGUCCACGUCACCAGGGAGUUCCAGUCUCUCAUGGACAACUCAGAGCAGCUUCUCACAUUUUGUCUUGCCGUUGGUGUUGGUCCUGUCCUUAAUGCUGGCCAUGCUCACCUGCGGCCUCCUUCUGCAAAGGCAUCACCAGAAGGGAAAAGCCCAUUCCCCUCUCUGCCCUGGCUUGGUUCACGGAGACAACACCCCCACCCUCUCCUUGCACUCACCCUUCUCCCCAGGCAUAAUGGAGACAGAGGGCACAGGAAAGGCCCUUUUGCUCCCACUCCAGAGCAUGGGUGAGUUAGGGAGACACACCCAGAAGGGAAGAGGGGUGCUGGAAGCCUGCCCUUCCUCCCCUUCAUUCCUUCCUGUACCAGAGCUGGCAGGUCUGGUUGCACAGCCUCUCUCUCGCCUCUUGGAUGAGCUGGAGGUGCUGGAGGAACUGAUUGUGCUGCUGGACCCUGAGCCUGGGCCUGGGCCUGGAGGUGGCAUGGCUUAUGGUACCACUCGGCACCUUGCUGCAAGAUAUGGGCUGCCUGCUGCCUGGUCUACCUUCGCCUACUCCUUGCGGCCCACUCGCUCACCACUGCGGGCCCUGAUUGAGAUGGUGGUGGCAAGGGAGCCAUCAGCCACUCUGGGCGAGCUCAGUGUGCACCUGGCCCACCUAAGGCGGAACGAUGCACUGCAGGUGCUGUCCAGGCUUGGCUGACCUAGAUCUAUGGCGGGGGCUACAAUAAAAAUGAAAUUAAAAAAAAAAUGCCCUUUGUCUCUGGCGCCCGUUAAGGGUCCUUCUGAAAGCAAAACCCUAAACUGGGCAAGGGGGACCCAGCAUCCUCCUUUCCUAGAAAGGCCUGCUUUCUCUAACCAACCAUAUUAGAAUACGAACGCUUCUUACUCUGAAGCCUUCACAGACCCUGCAGUUUACCUCUAUCUAAUUCUGAGGACUGCCUCAUACCUCCUGUUGAGGCUGAAGGACUUCCUUGGCUCAGGAUGGGUGUGGGACACGGAGAGAAGCAAGAGUCCCUACCUGCCUCAAGCGUUGUACAAAU